UGAUAAGGGUUAAGACAGUUUAAAGUACUGACUAUACACUGGCCCACUUGUUGUGUCAGCUUUCAGUGGGGUUGUGGCGGAGGUUUCGUGUACAGUAUGUUGGUACUAGGGCUGUGUCUACUCACCUUGCCAGUUCUGGCAAGUGGUGAGGCAUGGUGUUUCAGCUGUGAGAGUACUGCUCAUCCAGCUUAUUGUCAGCAAAUGAUGGCUUGCUCGGAACACGAAUCUUGCUAUGCAGAGAAACACACCGCCCAUACCGGCACACCGCAGUUUACUUCAGGCUGUAAGUCAACAUCGGACUGUAGCAAUCUAAACAGGACUCGCCGUGCGGCGGCGCCACAGUGCGUCGAGUGCUGCAGCGGCAUCCUCUGCAACCGCCACAGCUGCGGAGCUGAAGAGAUUGACACCACAAACAGAUUGUGGUGCGCUAGCUGUGGCUAUCAGUCGCAUCCAAAUGACUGUGGCAAGGUCUCACUAUGUUCACAAGACGAGCUGUGCUCCGUGACGCGGCAAGAGUUAUUUGGUCGAAAUGUCUAUGCCAUGGACUGUGCAAAAAAAACGGCGUGCGCCGGAAAGACCUUGGAGCAUGACCAUUUGCUCUGCUGCAACACCUCCUUGUGCAACACCAACACCUUGGGAAUCAACCCUGAGGUGUACACCCCACCGCCUCCGACUACUACCCCACCUCCACCAUCUCCGGCCAAUGCGUCCAUCGACAACACCACCAUCGACUACAUCAGCCACCACGAGCUCAACGAAACGCUGACCGUCGUCUGCAACAUCGACGGCUUCCCGGUCCCCAACGUCACCUGGACUUUCACACCGGCGGCAGCAGGCGGGGGCAACUCGUCCCUCAACGACACGUCACUCGGCGCUACUGCUGUACCUGCCGCAAACGUCACGCUUGGGACAAACGUUACCACAAGCAACGACACAGGAGUUCCACAAAGCCGCGAGAUCACGACAGGGGUGACAACUGCGGACGGCGUCAGCAAGCUGCAGAUUACGUCCCCUGCCGCGGACAACGCGGGUGUGUACGUGUGCUCGGCCUCAAACGGUCAAGGGUCAGCCAACGCCUCCGUCGUCGUCACUGUCAGCGCGGUGCCACUCAUUAGCGGAGACCUCAACCAGACCAUCGCCACAGACGCGCGCACUGACCUGUUGUUGGACUGUGACGUCACUGGCAGCCCCUCACCCAACGUGACGUGGCAUGUCCCUCAGACUGCCGGAGGUGUUGAACACCUGGCUAACGGCUCGGUCCUACUGCGCAACGUUCACACUGACAACACCGGCAGCUACCUGUGUGUGGCACAGAACAGCGCAGGUACUGCGGUCAAGUCUGUCACCCUGACAGUGACAGAUAAUGCCACUGAAGCGUGUCCAAGUGUAAGCCCCGCCUCUCCAAUCGCCACGCCCCUUACCAGAGGCAGUCAGCCAGCGUCUCCAAGCUCGGUCCAUGAUCAGUCCACAGGAGUGACGUUACCAGCAACACCCCCACCCCUGUCCAUGAUGGCGCUGGGGUCCGUCUGGAACAGCCUCACGGAACACACUUUCAUCCUUCAGUGUCAGGUUGCCGGAAGUACUGCCCCCAUCCCGAUCACGUGGUCUCGCCUGGAGCACGACUUCAACCACAGUGACUCCGUGUUCAAGGACAAUGGUUAUGGCACGCUGGUGAUCUCACAACUGUCCAGCCCGUCGCUGACCGAAACGGGUGUCUUCGGAUGUCUGAGGGUAGCGGGAGGGCCUGGUGACGUGCGACACUUUGUCAUUUACAAGGAGCUUCCAAGGAACAUCACGUGUACUGAGAAGUUCUCUAACGGAAGUCCGUCCCCAGGUACAGUUCUCAGAGCGACAUGUGGUCCUUGCAACUCCCCACAACAACCAGCCGCAGCCUUGACACAGGACAGCUUCAUCUGUGAGAGCGCCGAGAGGAAGGGCGUCCUGGCCCCCGGCGGAGGCGCGGUCACCUGGCUAAUUAGAAAAAGCGGCGCCGUGGCACUGCUUGCAGACGACCAUGGAUCGGUGAAGAUUGUCACGUGAUCAGUUCCGCCAGUCUGAGAGCAGGUCUCAGUUACACGGCAGUCGUCACGGUCUGCUAAUUAAGCUUGUGACGGAGUUUACACUCACCUAUCAGUUGGGUUUUUUUUCCUGUGUGUGAAUAUUUUUUGCUAGUGCAUUUUGAUUGGCUGAUAUUUAUUUCCAGACAUAAAAAGGGCACAUGCAGAGCUCAUGAAUCCGACUACAAUGAGCAAGAUAAUUCUCUGAGCUAAACACUUUAACUAUCGUCACAAAGGUCAUAUUACUCAUUGCAGUUAAUUACUAGCACGAACAUUUAAUUAACUGGCACGCUCAUGAGUGCGAUAUAGACAACUUACUUCCCUUUGGCCAGCCAACAGAUACAACGCAUACUUUAAACUUUCAUCUCUUUUUCUCGGGUGCCACUUCACAACUUGAUCAAUCUUACAACGUGUACAUUAGUACACACUCCAAGCCUAAAAAAAUAUCAACACUGGCAACAGUAAAUGAAAGGUUUAACUGUGUCACUGAGCUUGCACUAUUGUUGUAAAUAAUUUGCUCCUGAAUAAAUUAGGAUGAAUUGUGUUUUAGAAAUUCACUCUCGUGCAGUUGAGAAGCAGAAAGAUAUGUAGAACAUCUGGUGUCAUUGCUUAGAAUAAAGAGCGUGUGUGCACGA